GCGCCCCCGUCUUCCUCGCUGGAUAAGCUUCCCUGGGCUUCGUGGACCGUAAAACCUCGCCUCGGUCCCUUGCGAUUAUGUUGUAGUUUCACUCGGGAAAAGGGUUUGUGCGUUUUGUGCUUUGUAUUGAUCCAGGAAAUGUUGGCAUGGCCGCCUCGGGAGCACAGAAGUGUCCGAAGAGUGAGAAGUUGGACGAGGCGCAGGCUUUGGCAAAGAGCUGCGCGGGGAGACCAGACUUCCUGCCUUGUGAUGGACUCUCCAUCUGCGCUACGCACAGCCAUGGGAAGUGCUUCAAGCUGCACUGGUGCUGCCACUUGGGCUGGUGUCACUGUAAAUACGUGUACCAGCCCAUGACUAACGUGUGCCAGCUCCCUAGCACCACUGUGCCACCUGCUGGCUCAGAGUACAAUAACACCAUUGACCUGUCCAUCUCGCUGGCUGAGCGCUUCCUGAAGCUUGCCCCCUGCUUCCAGUCCCCACCCCACUUGGAGUCGCCUAAAUACUGUGUCAUCGCUGACCUGUUCGUGGACGACUACGUUGUCAAACGCAUCAGCGGCAAGAUGUGCUACGUGCAGCGCCCCCCGCCUCCCUUACCAGAACCGCCUCGUCCUGCCACCCCUACCCCACCUACUCCGGCCACGUCUCAGAAUCCCCAUAAUCCACCUCAAUCUUGGCAACCGGUCAAACCAACGCUGCCAACCCAACAUACAACUGCCCCUGCUCCUGUGCAGCCUGUCAAGCAAGUGCACAGUGAACACAAACACCCUUCCCCUGUGGAUAAAAUCAAAGGCCCCAAAAUGGACCACUGCUUCUCUCCAUCCAGCUCAGAAGACUCUGGCAUCAAUGCGCUUGGUCUGCACUACUUGGAGUCGUGCGAGGAGGAGAGUGAGGAAGAGGAUGACGAUGAGUUGAGCUCAGAUGGAAACUCCAGCCCCAGCAGCCUCUGGGAUCAAGACGAGUGCUCCGUGCUGUCUCCCUCCAAGUCCAUGAUAGAGAUCAUUGAAAAGAUCGAAACAACUGUGUAACUGUCAUAAUAUCAACAUGGUCACUUACUGUCCAGAGAUUUCAUUAACACGGACCAGCCACUAAUGUUUUUGGAUUUGAAUUCUGUUUUCCCGCAGGUGGUCGAGGACUGUACGUCACACAGCCUCUGCUCUGUCCACAUAUCCUGCAUGGAGUGAAUAUUUACAACUUAUUACAGAGCACAAGCAUAUGAAGCACACACACACACACACACACACACAGUGGCCCAAAUCGACCACAUCCGCAUGGUUGUUACACAGUGAAAAAUCCGAAAAUGCAAAAGAAUCUAUAACGAGUGUGAGCUACUAUUAGCUAAAUUAUGGGCGAACAGAGAAAUUAGGAGCAGGUUUCAUGAUGAAAAUCAGCAGUUAUGUCAUUUUUAGGGUUCUGGCAAUCAGACUUUACUCUGAAUCAACAUUCAUGUGGCAGAGAAGCGCACCAUUUCUUGUUCUCCGGUCAGCGGCUCCACCCACACAUUAGUAACUCUGACAGUUCAGCAUAAUCACCGCAAGGACAGCUACCUCUCAUCGGCCCAAAGCACAUCGACCUUUUAACCUGUUAAUUACUGAACUCCGAGCUGCUGUGAAGAGUCUGCAUUUAUCACGUUAAUAAAGAAAAAAAAAGUGUGUGUGCACUUUAGUGACACCAACACGAGGAGUAGUUAGUUAGGACAGUGUUUGACAAUCAAGGAUUACACAGAAGCACAUUCCUAUAAUGUACCUGCCACUGAGGACCAGAGGACCAGAUCAACCAUAUUGAUCUGACCUUUUUUUUUUGUUGCCCCGGGUCGAGUUGAACUGGACUGGAGUGCCGUUUAAUGUUAAAUGGAGCGUAAAGCAAAACAUGACUUUUAUUGACCUCUAUUAGCAGCCAAGAAACUAAUUAACAUGGACGUGUCUCUGGCACAGCUACAGUAACAACAUGAAGAGACGAGUAAAACACCCAGAAAAGAGGGACUAUAUUGAAUAUUUACAUAUAAACUUUUUAAAUCAUAUAACUGCAUUGUUAUUUGCUUUUGGGGCUUGAGUGGUAAACAAUGGCGGCUUAAAGGGGAUUCUGGGAGAAGUGUUUCAACUAGGUUAGACUUAUGCCGUGUUUCCACUACAUGGUCCGAGCUCGCCUCGCCUCGCCUCGCCACGGUUUGGUUGUGUUUCCAUUACAAUAUAGUACCUCCUCAACGUGGGUGGAAUCAUCGCAGCGCGGCUGCAUGAAACUGCCGUUCGUUUUACACAUGCGCACACAAACAAUAACUACUGAAUCAUUAGAAUCAGUUAAUUAAAAAGAUUAGUUCAGUACUUCUGACACAGUCACUGAAUACAGGGACAGGGCUCGUCGGUCAGGGUCUCCUGCUUUCAGCAGUGCUGUCGCUAAAUACACCAGACUCCUCCGUUAAAUGAUGAGAUUUUAGACAUUUCCUUGGUAAUUGUUGGAGAUUAACCCACGUUUUCA